AUCGGAAAGCUCAGAUGUGGAAGGAGCUAAGAGCAAAUUAAGACUACAAAACAUUGGAAGAGGAUGGGGCGUACGAACACGGUUUUGUUGGUGUUGGUUUUUGCAGCUUUGCUCACAAAGGAAACCUUGGCAUCACAACAUCAUGUUGGGGGCAGCCAAGGCUGGGAGCAAUCCACAGAAUUGAACUCAUGGGCGUCCGCCCAGAAAUUCAAGGUUGGUGACCAACUUGUUUUUAAGUACACCUCGGGGCUGCACAGUGUGGUGGAGCUACCAAACGAGAGCGCCUACAAGAGCUGCGACGCCGGCAGUGCCCUGGACACCAAGUCUAGCGGCAAUGAUGUGGUGAAACUGACCAAGGCCGGCACACGAUAUUUUGCUUGCGGCACUUCAGGCCACUGCGACCAAGGCAUGAAGAUGAAGAUCACUACUGUCGACGGAAACGCACCUUCUUCACCGUCAUCACCAUCAUCAUCGUCUUCCGACGCUUCUCCUCCUGCUUCGACUUCUGCGGCAGCUUCUUCUUCUUUCCCGCAUUCUGCCCCUUCAUUGUUUGUGAUUGCUGCAUUAUCUGCCACCCUUCUGCUUUCCGCGUUUUAAAACUUUGUUUCGGAGUAUCUUGGGCCUAUUGGGCCUGCUUAUUACUACGAUGGACGUGUGAUUUCAUCUUGGAUUUUGGAGAUAAAUUACGGUCAGUGACGGAUUUGUUUGUAAUUACAGCAAAUAUUUUAUGGUUUUAUUUUUCGGUUGAUUGAAAUUUUAAAGAAGAGCAUAAUAAAGUGGCUGCGAUGGGUUU